AUGGCUAAUCGUCGUCGUCGUCACAGCUCCUCCGCUUUUCAGCUACCGGUGCCCCAAGAUGACGACAACCCACCACCUACCCCUGGCGGCAGUUCCUCCAGCCGCGACCCUGAUUACUAUGGAAUCCGAUGCAGAGCUGGGAAAUGGGUUUCUGAAAUCCGUGAACCAAACAAAUCAAGUCGUAUAUGGCUAGGCACAUAUCCGACACCGGAGAUGGCGGCCGCGGCUUAUGAUGUGGCGGCACUGGCACUCAAAGGUGAGUAUGCAAUCUUAAACUUUCCCGACUCUACUCUGUCGACUACUACGCUUCCUGAGUUCCCCACAGCUGAUGACAUCCGUGCGGCAGCAGCAAGGGCGGCUGCAGCUCGAGCACCUACUAAAGAAAGUAGUGGUGGCAGCUCGACUGAGAUCGGAGCAACCCUUUCUUAA